AUGGUCAAAUUUUACAGCAGCAACUACUCCUACGACUACGGCUUCGGUGCCGUCUCCUUGGCCUACUUUCUGCGAUACCCAAACCCAUACAGCAGGCAUGUUGCAUCCACCGACGUCAUCGAUAGACACUACGAUCCCGAGACUCAACGAUUGACGACCACUCGACUGCAUCUGAAGAAGAGCCGCUUGCCGCCAGGUGUGCUCAAGCUUCUGCCGAAGAAAGACGUAGGCGCCAAUGAUGAUGGUAGCACGCAGAGCUUCAUCCUGGAGAACAGCGUAGUGGAUGUAAAGGAGGGUUGGAUGCAGACCGAGAGCCGCAAUCUGGACUGGAACAACGUCCUUUCAGUCAUUGAGCGACACACCUACCAGCGGCCAGCGUUCAAAAAUGCCGCUGGUGACGAACUAUUCGCCGCUCCAGGUGUCGCACUACCCAAGGAGGAGGAAAGGACGGAUGUCGCAGUCAGCGUCACACUCAAGAGCAGGAUCGGCGAGCAGAUUCGCAAGCGGAGGGAACGCUGGGGACAGCAGGCAACAGCAGCCUCAGUCGGUGGCGAAAUGUCCAACGUUGAGGAGGACCCUGUGAAACAGAGUUGGUUCAACAGCUGGACUUCUGGAGCCAUACGAUCUGCGAUCGAAACCAUUUCCCUGCAGCGCGCUGAAAAGAGCCAGCCCAAGGCAAAGAAAGGCAUGACCGUGGUCCUAGCUCGCCUGCAAAAAGGAGGCAUCCAGGCUGUACUCGAGGGGAUGCGAAACGAUCGUGAGAUCUUGCUGUGA